AUGAGUUCCUGGCAGGCAAUCGCGAAAAGCAAACAGGAGUCGCUGAGAGCUGCCAUUCCUUCCGAAUGGAUCAUUCCUCCUCAUCUUCUUCCUCCAGACCAUCAAACAGACGUCACAUCGUUCCCACGACAGUCCGGAUGGUUCACUAACAGAGAGCUCGAGAUCCUGUCCACCACGGCGCCUAGGAUCCUGGCCCAUUUGGAAACCGGGUCAUGGACAUCAGAGGAGGUGACGAAGGUAUUCUGUAAGGCCGCUGCCGCGGCUCACCAAUUGACAAAUUGCCUCUCCGAGAUCCUCUUUGACGAAGCCAUCGCUCGAGCCAAGGAACUGGACCAGCACUUGCAAAAGACAGGCAAGCCAAAAGGCCCAUUCCAUGGUCUCCCCAUCUCCCUCAAAGACAACUUCAACAUCAUCGGCAAAGACUCCACGGUGGGCUUCACAUCGCUCGUCAACGAUCCCGCCACGUACAACAGCACCCUCACAGAUCUCCUCCUGCAAAAUGGAGCAGUGCUGUAUGUGAAGACCAACGUGCCCACCGCGAUGAUGAUCGCCGAGACGGUCAACAACGUCUUCGGCCGGACCGUGAACCCCCUCAAUCGGAAGCUGACAUCCGGUGGCUCGUCCGGGGGUGAAUCGGCGCUUAUCUCAUUCGGGGCGAGUCGCAUCGGCGUUGGGACUGACAUUGGUGGCUCGCUCCGUAUCCCCGCCGCUUGUACAGGUAUCUUCACACUGCGGCCUUCCUUCGGACGAUUCCCGAACUUCCAGACUCGAUCGGGACUGGCGGGUCAAGAAGCCGUGAACAGUGUCAAUGGGCCCAUGGCGUCGACAUUGGAGGAAAUCACCUUCUACUCCAAGACCGUCAUCGACCAGGAGCCUUGGGUCAACGACCCGAAGUGUCUUCCUAUCCCGUGGCGUCCGGCUGAGCCCAAGCACCGACUCAAACUGGCUGUCAUGUGGAACGAUGGCAUCGUCACCCCCACGCCGCCCGUAACUCGUGCACUGAAAGAAACGGAAGCGCGGGAGCUUCUGCAUCGCAAGUUCAUCGCCGACGGUGGCAAGUCCGUGCGUGGGCUACUGGCGCCGACGGGGGAGCCGUUCCGAGAGGAGAUGCGAGAUUAUGAGAAGGCGACGGAGCUUGGGGUCCAUGAAAUGUGGCAGAUUCAUCUUGAGCGGAAUACUCUGCAGAAAGACUAUCUUCAUCGAUGGAAUGCCAGCGGAAUUGAUGGAAUUCUCUGCCCAACAACCCCAUACAGCUCCGUGGAGCACGGUAAGUUUGCGUACGUGGGAUACACUGGUGUAUUCAAUAUCCUGGACUACUCUGCUGCGUCCUUCCCUUGCGGCGUGAAGGCCAGUAAGGCUUUGGAUGCGUCGUAUCACGGCCACCAGGCAUUGAGUGAUGUAGAUGCCAGGGUACAGCAUGAUUAUAACGCUUCCGCAGUUGACGGGAUGCCGGUCAGUCUGCAGUUAGUCGCACGGCGACUGGAGGAAGAAAAAGUCCUGAUGAUGACGGGAGUGGUACUCCAAGCCGUAUCCACCGGCUGGAAGUCCAAACUAUGA